AUGUUUCCACAGUCAAUCAUAAACAUGCUGGCUGCUGGACACCCUCUGGGCACUCCAGCUGCCCAGUCUGAACCCACAGAGCCGGUCCCCAAAAGACCCGCGCCGUUCCCCGCGUGGAGUGCCAUUGACAGCGCUAAAAGCAAAGCCGAUGCAAUCGCCCACGAAGCGGAUCGCGAAUUCAACCUGGCAAGCAAGAAAGUCCAAGAGAGGACAGGCAAGAUCGAGCCUGGCUCUCUCAAGUAUUAUGCAUCAUGCACCUUUGGUGGUAUACUCGCGUGUGGCCUAACCCACACCGCUGUGACACCUCUUGAUCUGAUCAAAUGUCGUCGCCAAGUCGACCCCAAGCUCUAUCAGAGCAAUAUUCAGGCUUACCGGACCAUCCGUGCUGCCGAGGGUUUCCGAGGUAUUUUCACUGGCUGGAGUCCUACUUUCUUCGGAUACAGCGCCCAAGGUGCCUUCAAAUAUGGAGGCUACGAGUUCUUCAAGAGCUUCUACAGCGACCUCGUUGGCCAGGAGAAUGCCCACAAAUGGAAGACCUCCCUGUACCUGACAGCCAGUGCUUCGGCCGAGGUCAUCGCCGAUGUAGCUCUGUGUCCAUUCGAGUCUAUCAAAGUGCGCACACAAACUACCAUUCCUCCUGAUAUCCGGGGUACGUUCAGUGGUAUCUCCGGUGUUGUCGCCAAAGAGGGUGUGGCCGGUCUCUAUAAGGGCCUCUACCCCCUCUGGGGCCGUCAGGUUCCAUACACCAUGAUGAAGUUCGCGUCUUUCGAAACUAUCGUCGAGAUGAUCUACCGCCAGCUGCCAGGCCACAAGUCCGACUACAACAAGGGUGCCCAGACUGCUGUUGCCUUCACCGGUGGUUACCUAGCUGGUAUCCUGUGUGCUGUGGUAUCGCACCCUGCCGAUGUGAUGGUCAGCAAAUUGAAUGCCAAUCGCCAGUUCGGUGAGGCAUUUGGUGCUGCUAUGAGUCGGAUCUACGGAGAUAUCGGAUUCCGGGGAUUGUGGAAUGGAUUGCCUGUUCGGAUUGUGAUGAUUGGUACUUUGACUGGUCUGCAGUGGAUGAUCUAUGACUCCUUCAAGAUCUUCAUGGGUCUCCCUACUACCGGCGGCUCGGGCGAGGACAAGAAGAAGGGCCAGGGCAAUAUCGGCCAUGAUGAUACCGAAUACGUCGACGGCGAGAUCGUUCGCGAGGGCGUCUACGGUGAUCAGGGUGAUGGUGCUUACUCUGCCGGUCGCGGCGGCGCAGGAAACAUCGGUUCCCCAAUGGUGCGCCCAACCUCGAAAGUCCCCCACGACGCCGAGAUGAUCCCCGAGUUAGCGGUUCGGGGGUCUACGGAUGAGAAUUAUCAUGUUGGGCGCGGCGGCCAGGGAAAUAUCCACCUCGACGAAGCUUCUUUGAAAGAGAAGAAGGAUAAGGAGAGGGAGAAGUCGCUUUCGCAUGAGGGGCUGGCGGAUAAGUUGAAGAAUAAGUUGCUUGGGAGGAAGUAG